AUGAAAAAGACACUCACAUCUUUGAUAGAAUCUAUAGUGGAGAGGAAUCCCUAUGAUUAUACCUCAUGGGAGAGUAUAUUUACAGUUAGGCCUGAUAGUGAGGUGUUUGAAAGAGCAUUAGAAUACUUUCCAACAAGUCCAAUAGUAUGGAGGAGAUAUAUUGAAUAUAUGCAGAAUCAAAAGGAUAAAAGUGAGAGUGCAUUAAUGGCAAUUUAUCAUAGAUGUAUCUAUCAAUGCCCAUGUGUAAGUAUAUGGACAUCAUAUAUAUUAUUUAUUGAUGAACAUACUAAAAGUCUAAAAGAUAGAUAUCAAAUAUAUCAAGCAGCAAUAGAUACAGUGGGAAGUGAUGUCAGAAGUGGAUUUAUUUGGCAACGUAUGUAUACCUUGCGCUUAUUAGUAUAUAAUACAUUAAUAUCAAGAAAUGAGAAAAAUAUGGGAGGAAAUACUUUACUAUUGAAUCCAUUUGAAACAAGUACUGUUCCACCAACGACAGAAAGUGUGGAGGAUUGUAUUUUACUAGCCGAUAAAAUUGCGACAAUUGUAACUAUGCGUCGAUUUUUUAUUCAAUGGUUAAUGACUCCUGUAAGUAAUUUAGAAACAGCAUUUAUUGCAUACUCACUCUUUGAAAAUUCGAUUACAUCAAACUCUACUGAAGUAUUGAUAAGUGGUAAUAUUACAAUUAGUAACUCUUUAAAUACUCUUUCUAAUUCAGAGGCUAUAAGUAAGGUUGUUUCGAAGAGUUUACUACAAUCUGGUGAAAAAUUGGUAACACUAUCUAAGCUUGUGUACAAGGAUAUUUUGCCAAUGGUUGAAAAUCUACAGGAAGAUAUACCAGCUAAGCCUUUAAACAAAGCAAAUAGAUCUGAAUGGAUACAGAAAUUUAUACCAUGGAGGAGAUAUUUGCUAUAUGAAAAAUCGAAUCCACUAAAUUUAGAGAAUGAUAACUACUUUAAUAGAGUAUCAUUCUGUUAUAAAAAUUGUUUGUUAUAUUUUUCUUAUCAUCCAGAACUUUGGUAUGAAUACUUUGUAUUUGUAUGGAACUAUCAUCCAGUAUCUAAUUCUGGAAUUGAGAGUGCUACAUACAUUUUAGAUUCUUCAAUUCAAAGAUUUCUUCCAAAAGAUGAGAUUUUGAAAUUAGUUUUAGCUGAAGUUUAUGAACUAAGAAAACAACCCGAUAAAACUAUGCAUAUUUUUCAUUCAAUGAUAUAUACUGAAAGUACUAAUUCUAGUGCAACAAUUAAUGAAAGUAUUAAUGACAAUGAUACGACUAAUAAUGGUACUUUAUUUACAACUAUAAAUAAUCUACACAGUAAGAAGUACAAUCCAAAUGUUUCAGCUGUUGUUAUUAUAGAAUAUUUAAAUUUUGUUUUACGUUACAAAGGUAGCAAGAAAGUAUGGCGUGAACUAUUUUUACAUACAAUAAAAAAUUUCCCGAAAUUAAAUGAGAUUAAAUGGAUAUGUUAUUCUCAAGCACUUAAUGAAUGGAGAUUGCACAAUAACCUAGAAGGUGCAUAUCAUGUUUUUGAAAUUGCAAUGUACUAUAGGCAUUUAUACUUAGAUAUAUCGUUUAUGUCAUGUUUUGUAACAUUUUUACUAGAUACUGGUAAGCUGCAACAAGCUAGAUCUACUUUACAGUCAUGUAUAUAUGAAAUAUAUAGAGAAACUGGCAUACCACCAAAGCAACUAUGGUUGCAAUGGUUCCAGGUAGAAAGAAAUUGUGGCUCAUCGCUUUAUACUUUAAAUUAUUUAAAUCGUAUUUAUCAGCUUCAGAAAGAAGGUAAGAGUAUUGAAGUUGAUAUGCUUAUGGGUAAAAAACAGAAAUUGGGAUGGCACACUAUUCUUGGAGCUCCUGAAUUUAUGGAUAUUAACGACAAGACUAUUACAACUGAUACUGAUCCUAAAAAUAGGGUUUAUGGUUACAGUUAUGUUUUGAAUACAUUUGAUGAUACUCAAGUAGAUGAUGUUGACAAUUUAAAUAAUAGCACAGCUCAUUCAACCUCUACAAGUAAUAUAAAUAUAGUGAAUAACGCAGGUAAUUUGAAUCAGAACACUUCAAAUAUAAAUAAUACUAGUUAUACAUUACCUUCAGUAAAUAGUAACAAAUAUCUUCUUACAUGUCCUAGCAAAUUACGUACAGUUUUUGAGUGCUUUAGAUUUGGUUCAAUAUAUCCAAAUAGUACUUGGACAGACUUUUAUAUAUCAGAAGAAUUAAAAAAUAUAGAUCAUAAUACUUAUUUAACUGUUAUUAGUCGUAAAAAUGGAGACUUAGCUAACAAUGAAAAUUUAGAAACAGAUAAAGAAAUUAGUAAUAGUACUAAAAAGUCUAAUACUUGGGGAGAUGAUAGUGAAAUGUUGGGUUCUAGCAAAUUUGAGAAUACAGAUUGUGAAAGAGUAGAUAGUGAUGACUUUGAAUGUUUUUUAAUGACUAAAUCACUGGAAUUUCGCCUUAUAAGAGCAUUUAAUAACCAUGAAAAAGCAAUGGACGAAAGUGAAGAUAUAGAUAUAAAUAUUAUUCAUAAUAUUGAUGAUGCUGAAUACUACUAUUAUGACAAUAACGAUACUUUUGGGUAUAGUGAUGAGCUUAAGUGGUCAAGAAUAGGUAAAAGUUUAUGUACAAAGCCAGAUAUAACAACUAUGGUUAAGUUUCGUCCAGAUAUUUACCCUACAAAGACUAAAUCUAUUAUCAAUAAUGUAGAUUCAAAUUCACAAUUUGUUAAUAACAAAGUAACAGCUUAUAAUAUUCAAUUGCCUAAGGGUAUUGUAGAUUUUGUUGCGCUAUUACCUCAACCAUCAUCGCCAGUUGCUACUCUACAUGCAGCACUAGGUACUACAACAGAUGUUAUUGAAUACCUUACAACCACACUACAAACUUUAACAUUGCCUCAGAACAUUGAACUUUAUAAAUAUACACCAAUUUCUUAUAAUAAUCAAAUAGAUUCAUGCAAAAAUGGCAUAGAUAUGAAAAGUCUCCAACAAAUUAUACAGAAGACUUUACCUUGGUAUCCAACUACUCAAAUAGACAGUAUAAAUUCUUUAGACAACCAAAAUAUUUCAGGUUUAGGAAUUUCAAACAUUGAUGAUACAACAUUAAAUAGUAGUAAUUCUAUUGUAUCAUCUAAUCAACCCUCAUUUUUUCUACCAAAUUUAACUUCAAAUCGUUUUUCUAAUAGGCCAACAGUAGAAUCAACCCGAAAUGUUCAAAUCCACUUGUGA